UCCUGGCAGUCGAUAACCCUGAGACAUUUAAAUAUCAAAGGUCUUUAUUGGGUGAAGAAAUUGAUUCUUAGCAGAAGAAACUAAAAGCACAUUCCCGUGGCAGAUAUUCGGCAUUCUGGGAUUUCUGCAACAGAGUCCCAAUAAAACUACCAGUAAACCACAAUUGAUUUUCAUCCAGCAAGCAAACACACUUGGAGAAAGGUCCACUUAUGGAGAGCUGACCAAGUUUUACAUUCCACCGCAAAACCCGGCUGCCCCUUCUCCCUGAGCCUCGGCCCUGUGACUAGUUGGCUGUGCAGGAACCUUCCACCGAGCCAUCCGGGAUGACAGUCACACAGGAGCCCGCCACGGAGGGAGCCAGAUGAUCAGCGCGGACCCUGGACUCAGCAGGGCGGGCGCAGCGCUGACCCCCAGGAGUCGGACAGGAGCGUGGAGGGCUGUGCGCGCAAGGCCCAGAUCGGGCCUGGCCUUCUGGUGUCCCCUUCUCUCUCGCAGCCAGAGCCAGAGAAUCAGGUGACUCCGGACACAAAGGCUAAGCGAUGUACAGCAGGCCCGGAAGAGCACUUAAAAACCUCCGGGAAAGGGAAAGGCGUCCCCGGACUACGGUGGCGGGAGACAGAGUCUCCUUGGAGCUGGCACAGCUGUGCCGUGGCGCCCGCCUGGCAGCGGCGUCCUCAUCACCUACUACGCAGGCGUGCGCGCUGUCGCGAGGCGCGAGAGGCGCAGGCCCAGACAUCAUGGCGUGGACGCGCGCCCUCUGCUCAGGUUCUCGCGCCCUGGCAGCCCCGCUGAUCAGAACCGUGCUGGCUUCCGUCACACGCCCCCAGCGACUUCUGCGUAGCUGCCCUGGGCCAACCCGUGCCCUCUCCUCGGUGCUGGCGGGGACCCCCGGACCCCGCGCCCUGCUGCCCCCGCACUGCCUCCCGCCGCAGAUGCCUACAGCGCUGGGCUUCAAGACCAAGGCCGUACUCCGAAAGCGGUGCCGGGACUGCUACAUGGUGAAGAGGAACGGGCGCUGGUACGUGCUCUGCAAAACCAACCCCAAGCACAAGCAGCGGCAGAUGCUGUAGCCAGCGCCGGAGCUGCGCGGCGCCCUGGAGAACUAUCUUGGUCUUGUCAAAGAAAAGUACAACUUCAGGGCUCUAGUCUUGGGUCUUUUGGGGCUGUGUUGAAUCAGCUCCAGGACCUUUCCGUUCUUUUUACCAAGCCACAUGUAGAUUGGUCGGGCCGGAGGCAGAUGGGAAGGAGCUUUCUCUUGGCUGCAUGUCCCAUUUGUGUUGGGCUGGAGGAUGCAAAAUGUGCUGAAGGCAAAGCUAGUUUAUUAAGAAAUUAUUUUUCCCAGGAAGCACACAAUGGAAUGUAUUUACAUGACUGAUAACACAGGCAAGCAGAAAUGUGCAAACAGAUAAAAUGCUGCAUGGUUGCUCCA